GUCGGUCAGUGAGCCACAGCCAUGAGUACGGACGCUGAGAUGGCCGCAUACGGCCCGGCAGCCGUCUACCUGCGCAAGCCGGAGAAGGAGCGGAUCGAGGCGCAGAACAGGCCCUUCGACGCCAAGGCGGCCUGCUACGUGCCCAACGCCAAGGAGCUCUACAUCAAGGGGGUCAUUCUGACCAAAGAGGGGGACAAAGCAACGGUCAAAACCGAGGCUGACGAAACUGUAACAGUUAAGGAGGAAGAUUGCCAUCCCAUGAAUCCGCCGAAAUACGAUAAAAUCGAGGACAUGGUCAUGAUGACCCACCUGAACGAGCCUUCUGUGCUGUUUAACCUCAAAGAGCGUUACGCAGCCUGGAUGAUCUACACCUACUCCGGGCUGUUCUGCGUCACCGUGAACCCCUACAAGUGGCUCCCGGUGUACAACGCAGAGGUUGUGUCGGCCUACAGGGGCAAGAAGCGGAUGGAGGCCCCGCCGCACAUCUUCUCCGUGUCCGACAGCGCGUAUCAGAACAUGCUGACAGAUCGUGAGAACCAGUCUAUCCUGAUUACUGGAGAAUCCGGUGCAGGAAAGACCGUGAACACGAAACGCGUCAUCCAGUACUUCGCGACAAUCGCGGUGUCUGGGGACAAGAAGAAGCAGGAAACGGCCCCUGGCAAAGUGCAGGGAACGCUGGAAGAUCAAAUCAUUUCGGCCAACCCCCUGCUGGAGGCUUUCGGUAAUGCCAAGACCGUGAGGAACGACAACUCCUCUCGCUUUGGUAAAUUCAUCAGAAUUCACUUCGGAACGACAGGGAAACUGGCCUCCGCAGAUAUCGAAACGUACCUGCUGGAGAAGUCCCGGGUGACGUUUCAGCUGUCUGACGAGAGGAGCUAUCACAUCUUCUACCAGAUCAUGACCAAUCACAAGCCAGAACUGAUUGGUAUGCUCCUCAUCACAACCAACCCGUAUGACUUCCCCAUGAUCAGCCAGGGCCAGAUUACAGUGGCCAGCAUCGACGACAAGGAGGAGCUGGUAGCCACGGACACCGCCAUUGACACCCUGGGCUUCACCGCAGAUGAGAAAGUGAGCAUCUACAAGCUGACCGGCGCAGUGAUGCAUUAUGGGAACAUGAAGUUCAAGCAGAAGCAGCGGGAGGAGCAGGCCGAGCCCGACGGCACCGAGGUGGCUGACAAAGUGGCUUACCUCAUGGGGCUGAACUCGGCUGACCUGCUGAAAGCUCUGUGCUACCCCAGAGUGAAGGUGGGGAAUGAGUACGUGACCAAGGGCCAGACCGUGCAGCAGGUUGCCAAUGCAGUUGGUGCCCUGGCCAAGUCUGUUUAUGAGAAGAUGUUCCUGUGGAUGGUCAUUCGUAUCAACCAGAUGCUGGACACGAAGCAGCCCAGACAGUUCUUCAUCGGCGUGCUGGACAUCGCUGGCUUUGAGAUCUUUGAUUUCAACAGCUUGGAGCAGCUGUGCAUAAACUUCACCAAUGAGAAACUGCAACAGUUUUUCAACCACCACAUGUUUGUGCUGGAACAAGAGGAGUACAAGAAGGAAGGGAUUGACUGGGAGUUCAUCGACUUCGGCAUGGACCUAGCAGCCUGCAUUGAGCUCAUUGAGAAGCCAAUGGGCAUCUUCUCCAUCCUGGAAGAGGAGUGCAUGUUCCCCAAGGCUUCGGACACUUCUUUCAAGAACAAGCUCUACGACCAGCACCUCGGCAAGAACAACGCCUUCCAGAAGCCCAAGCCCACCAAAGGCAAGGCUGAGGCCCACUUCUCCCUGGUGCACUACGCCGGCACGGUGGACUACAACAUCAGCGGCUGGCUGGACAAGAACAAGGACCCGCUCAACGAGUCCGUGGUGCAGCUCUACCAGAAGUCACCGAUCAAGCUGCUGUCUAACCUGUAUGCCUCCUUUUCUUCGGCCGAAGCAGACUCCAGCUCAGGCGGGGCUAAGAAAGGAGCUAAGAAGAAGGGCGGCUCCUUCCAGACGGUCUCUGCAGUCUUCAGGGAGAAUCUGGGGAAGCUGAUGACCAACCUGAGGAGCACUCAUCCUCACUUCGUGCGUUGCCUGAUUCCCAACGAAGUUAAGACACCAGGCAUCAUGGACAAUCAGCUGGUCAUCCACCAGCUGCGCUGUAACGGCGUGCUGGAGGGGAUCAGGAUCUGCAGGAAGGGCUUCCCCAGCAGGAUCCUGUAUGCCGACUUCAAGCAGAGAUACAGGGUACUGAACGCGAGCGCCAUCCCAGAGGGACAGUUCAUCGAUGGCAAGAAGGCUGCGGAGAAGCUUCUGGGAUCCAUCGACCUUGAUCAUUCUCAAUACAAGUUUGGGCACACUAAGGUGUUCUUCAAGGCUGGUCUGCUGGGCACAUUGGAAGAGAUGCGAGAUGAGAAAUUGGCCUCUCUGGUGACAGGCACCCAGGCCUUGUGUCGUGGUUUCCUCAUGAGGACAAAGUUUGCCAAAAUGACUGCACAAAGAGAUGCUGUGUACGUCCUCCAGUACAACAUCCGCUCAUUCAUGAACGUGAAACACUGGCCGUGGAUGAGGCUCUUCUUCAAGAUCAAGCCUCUUCUGAAGAGCGCAGAGACAGAGAAAGAGAUGGCGAACAUGAAAGAGGACUUCAUCAAGUGCAAGGAAGACCUUGCCAAGGCAGAAGCCAAAAGGAAAGAGCUCGAGGAAAAAAUGGUUACCCUGCUGCAAGAGAAGAAUGACCUGCUGCUACAAGUCCAGUCUGAGAGUGAGAGUCUCGCCGACGCAGAGGAACGAUGCGAGGGUCUGAUAAAGAGCAAAAUCCUGCUGGAGGCCAGAAUGAAAGAAACGAGCGAGAGAUUGGAGGAUGAGGAGGAGAUGAAUGCCGAGCUAACUGCCAAAAAGAGGAAGCUGGAGGACGAGUGCGGUGAGCUGAAGAAGGACAUCGACGACCUGGAGCUCACGCUGGCCAAAGUGGAGAAGGAGAAACACGCCACCGAAAACAAGGUUAAAAACCUGAUAGAGGAGAUAACGGGGCAGGAUGAAAGCAUUUCCAAGUUGACCAAGGAGAAGAAAGCCCUCCAAGAGGCACAUCAGCAGACCCUUGAUGAUCUCCAAGUAGAGGAAGACAAAUGCAACUCCCUGGCUAAAGCCAAGACCAAGCUUGAGCAGCAAGUAGAUGACCUGGAAGGUUCUCUGGAACAAGAGAAGAAGAUCCGUAUGGAUCUUGAGAGAGCCAAGAGAAAGCUUGAGGGUGAUCUGAAGCUGGCCCAGGAAUCCAUAAUGGAUCUAGAGAAUGACAAACAGCAGUCAGAGGAGAAGCUGAAGAGGAAAGAUUUUGAGACAAGCGAACUCCUGAGUAAAAUUGAAGAUGAGCAAUCUUUGGCAUCCCAACUUCAAAAGAAGAUUAAAGAGCUUCAUGCCCGCAUUGAGGAGCUGGAGGAGGAGAUCGAGGCCGAGCGCGCUGCUCGGGCCAAGGUGGAGAAGCAGAGAGCCGAGCUCUGCAGGGAGCUUGAGGAGAUCAGCGAGAGGCUCGAAGAGGCCGGCGGCGCGACCGCCGCUCAGGUCGAGAUGAACAAGAAGCGCGAGACGGAGUUCCAGAAGCUGCGCCGGGACCUGGAGGAGUCCACCCUGCAGCACGAGGCCACCUCCGCCGCCCUACGCAAGAAGCAGGCUGACAGCGUGGCUGAGCUGGGAGAGCAAAUCGACAACCUUCAGCGCGUCAAGCAGAAGCUGGAGAAGGAGAAGAGUGAAUACAAAAUGGAAAUCGAUGACCUCUCGAGCAACAUGGAGGCCAUAGCUAAGUCUAAGAUAAUUCUGGAGAAGAUGUGUCGUACGCUUGAGGACCAGCUAGUUGAAGUUAAGACUAAGAGUGAGGAAAACUACCGUCAGAUCAGUGAUCUCACCACUCAAAAGGCCCGCCUCCAAACAGAAAAUGGUGAAUUUGGCCGUCAACUUGAGGAGAAAGAGUGUCUGAUUUCUCAGUUGAUGAGAGCCAAACAGGCUUUUACUCAGCAGAUUGACGAGCUGAAGAGGCAGAUUGAAGAGGAGUCAAAAGCCAAGAAUGCCCUGGCCCACGCCUUGCAGUCAGCCCGCCAUGACUGUGACCUGCUGAGGGAGCAGUUUGAGGAGGAGCAGGAGGCCAAGGCCGAGCUGCAGCGUGGAAUGUCCAAGGCCAACAGCGAGGUGGCUCAGUGGAGAACCAAAUACGAAACCGACGCCAUCCAGCGCACCGAGGAGCUGGAGGAGGCCAAGAAAAAGCUUGCCCAGCGCCUACAGGAAGCAGAGGAACAGAUUGAGGCUGUAAACUCCAAGUGUGCCUCUCUGGAGAAGACCAAACAGAGACUGCAGAGUGAAAUGGAGGACCUAAUGACCGAUGUGGAGAAAGCUAACUCCCAAGCUGCCUGUCUUGACAAGAAGCAGAGGAACUUUGACAAGAUUCUGGCUGAAUGGAAGCAGAAGUAUGAGGAAGGCCAGGCAGAGCUGGAGGCAGCCCAGAAAGAGACUCGAACCCUCAGCACCGAGCUCUUCAAAAUGAAGAACUCCUACGAAGAAGCUCUGGACCAUCUAGAGACCCUCAAAAGAGAAAAUAAAAAUUUGCAACAGGAGAUCUCUGAUUUGUCUGAACAAAUCGGAGAGAGUGGGAAAAGCAUCCACGAGCUGGAGAAAGCCAAGAAGCAGGCUGAGACUGACAAGUCAGAAAUGCAGGGCGCUCUGGAGGAGGCUGAGGCUUCGCUGGAGCACGAGGAGUCCAAGAUUCUUCGAGUCCAGCUGGAGCUGAAUCAGGUGAAAUCCGAGGUGGAAAGGAAGAUCGCCGAGAAGGACGAGGAAAUCGAGCAGCUGAAGAGAAGCAGCCAGAGGAUCGUAGACUCCAUGCAGAGCUCCCUGGACUCCGAGGUCAGGAGCAGGAACGACGCCCUGAGAGUCAAGAAGAAGAUGGAGGGCGACCUCAACGAGAUGGAGAUCCAGCUGAGCCACGCCAACCGCCAGGCCGCCGAGGCCCAGAAACAGCUGAGGAACGUCCAAGGACAGCUCAAGGAUGCCCAGCUGCACCUGGAUGAUGCGAUCAGAGGACAGGAGGACAUGAAGGAGCAGGCGUCCAUGGUGGAGCGCAGAAACGCCCUGAUGCUGGCCGAGAUCGAGGAGCUGAGGGCCGCCCUGGAGCAGACGGAGAGAGGCCGCAAAGUGGCCGAGCAGGAGCUGACCGAUGCCAGCGAGAGGGUCGGACUUCUGCACUCCCAGAACACCAGCCUUCUGAACACCAAGAAGAAGAUGGAGGCUGAUAUAACCCUGCUCCAGGGGGAAAUGGAGGAGUUCAGUCAGGAAGCAAGGAACGCAGAGGAGAAGGCAAAGAAGGCCAUCACUGAUGCAGCCAUGAUGGCAGAGGAGCUGAAGAAGGAGCAGGACACCAGCGCUCACCUUGAGAGGAUGAAGAAGAACCUGGAAGUCACGGUCAAAGACCUGCAGCACCGUCUGGACGAGGCCGAGAGUCUGGCCUUGAAGGGCGGGAAGAAGCAGCUCCAGAAACUGGAGAGCCGGGUGCGCGAGCUGGAGAGUGAGCUUGAGUCUGAACAGAAGCGUGGAGCAGAUGCCAUGAAAGGUAUCCGCAAAUAUGAGAGGCGAAUCAAGGACCUUGGCUACCAGGUUGAAGAAGACAAGAAGAAUAUGAGCAGGCUGCAGGAGCUCGUGGACAAGCUUCAGAUCAAAGUGAAGGCCUACAAGCGGCAGGCUGAGGAAGCAGAGGAGCAGUCCAAUGCACACCUGUCCAGGUGCAGGAAGGUGCAGCACGAGCUGGAGGAGGCCCAGGAGCGAGCCGACGUCGCGGAGUCCCAGGUCAACAAGCUGAGGGCCAGGAGCCGCGACAUGAGCGCCAAGGGUCAAGAGACUGGGGAGUAGAGGGGAGGCUCGUUUUCUUCUAAGCGUGUUCCUAAGCGUGUUCCUAAGCGUGUUCCUAAGCGUGUUGUGAAUUAGGUUGUGUACUACCUGUACUGUAGCUAUGAUCAAGCCCACGUGAAUGGCAAAAAUAGUAUAGAACUGUGGCAGGAUCCAAUCAACAUUCGUCUUUAGGUUGACUUUCAAGUAAAUACAAGGGUUAACAUUUUUUCUUCACAAACACAAGUAUGUUUGGCGAGUCUGGCAAUCGUUUGCAAAAAAUGGUUUUAGCACUUGAAUUUAUUUCAAAGUAAGAAUUUAAUGACAAAUGCUGAUUGGAUCCUGCUCUUUAUUUCCCUUGAAACCAUAUCAGAUAUCUCGGGCCAAAGCAUCAGAGAGGUUUGGUGAUUUUACUAGGAUGGGAUUUAAUCUCAUGGUAAGGCUAUAUUGGUAAGCACAUGUUUCACACAUUCAACAUGAAAAACUACAUCAUGCAAAUGUCUGUCAACGGUUCUGUAAACAGCCCUGUUCACUGCAUUUACAGUGCAGUACAGAACCAUACCCAGCCACCCCCAGCCUAGGCACCUGAAGUUACACAAGUUCCAUGUCUGCAGGGCAAAAAGCCAUAAACCUUACAACAGCAACAACAAAAAACAAACAUUGAUUCCAGAAGACUCCAACACUAUUUUUCCCCAGAAACCAAUGAAAUACUAAAAUUAAGCAUGUUGUCUAUGUUUAAUUGCAAACUUUAUAAGCAAAAGAUCACAAUAGCCUCCUGUGGUUUUCAUAUGCCAUAUUACUUUCAGUUAGAAAUCUGACCUGCAAAUCAAAGAUUCUAGGGUAAAUAAAACUUCAGAGAAAGGACUUGCCAGUGGUGCUGUAGCAGUAUUCAGUGGUGCAUGGAUAUGAAAUAUAAAUAAAUAUCAAGAAGCCAAAGU